UGACGCGGCGCUGGCGUCGAAAGCGGAAGUGUGGGUGGUUGUUGGUCCUGGAGUCCGGGCUCAGGGCCCGCCUGGGCGGCGAUAAGGGAGGCGGCUGCGUCGGCGUCUUGGGCGGCCGGGGCUCCAGGCAUGGCGGCUCCUCCUCCUCCUCCUCGAUGGGGGCUGAUGGGGCCGCUGCUGGCCCUGGCUUUGCUGGUGGGGGCGGCGGAGGGAGAAAAGAAUUCUGAGGAUGUCCGAUGUAAAUGCAUCUGCCCUCCUUACAAAGAACAUGCUGGUGACAUUUUCAGCAAAAAUGUUUCACAGAAAGACUGUGAUUGUCUUCAUGUUGUGGUGCCUAUGCCAGUUCCUGGGCCAGAUGUGGAAGCCUACUGCUUACGUUGUGAAUGCAAAUAUGAGGAAAGAAGCUCUGAAACAAUUAAAAUUACUAUCAUCAUAUAUUUGUCCAUCUUGGGUCUCCUACUCCUGUACAUGGUGUAUCUCACAAUGGUAGAACCUAUUCUGAAGAGACGUCUCUUUGGACAUUCGCAGCUAAUACAGAGUGAUGAAGACAUUGGGGACCACCAGCCUUUUGCAAAUGCGCAUGAUGUGUUGGCCCGUUCCCGAAGCCGUGCGAACAUGUUGAACAAAGUGGAGUAUGCCCAGCAGCGUUGGAAACUCCAAGUUCAAGAACAGCGCAAAUCUGUGUUUGACCGCCAUGUUGUCCUAAGUUAAAAAGUACAGUUGCUAAUUUCAAAUGAUAUUGGAAGGGGAAGAAAUGGACUCAGAUAAAGCACUGACUUCUGUAUUUCUGGUAUGCCACUACAUGAGAAGACUUAUUUUUGUUCAUCAGGAGCAAUGAGAGUACAAACACAAGGAUGAUAUUAAAAUAUUUUAACAAGCCAAAAUCUCUGUUCACUAUUAUAUUACUUGUAUUAAUAAAACAUAAGCAAUUAUCUUGUGAUAACUUUGCCAUUGAAAGAUAAUUGAAUAUGGUUCUUAAAUCCAGUUUUCACUAAUAUCUAUGUGAAGAAAUGAAAAUAUGUGCAGCUUUUCUGUUACAAAAGAUUUUACACAAUGAACUUUUGUAAAUAUAUUUGUUUUCCUACCGUUUGCUGUGUAUGUUGUACAGUAUAGUUGUCACAUCUAAAACUGCCUUGUGUAUAAAUUUUAUGUCAUGUACUGCCAAUUCAUUAGCUGAUCUCUGCAACUGUAAGGUGAAGCCUAAGUAGGCAGAGGUAGUUCGUAAGCAGAUACAGUGUAAAGAAAACAGACUUGUGCGGUGCAUGAUAGGAAAGGUUGCCCUUCUAGGCUGCUUGCUGAAUUCUCUAUGGAUACCUACAAAUGUUUUAUUAAUGUAAAUUCUGGUAAGCUGAUGGACAAUAACUAUUUUUAAAGAUUAGCUUGAUAAUGGAAUGCAAAUAAAUUCUUCAGAAUCUCUUG